UAAUAAUAUAAAAUACUCACGCAUAACGAAAAGUUUGUUAAAAAAAUAAGUCUCACGACGAUCGGAUCAUUCUUGUCUGCCUUUGACAAGAACUGUUGCAUUGAAAAUCAGGAAUUCAUUUUCCGUUUCACUUAACAAUGUCGAAACAGACGUACAAAGUCGGUUUCUUUUUCCGUCGGCAGUUUACGAUGGCCGCCGCCGAGGCUCCGGCGGACGUGAAGAACACAUUCAAACAUUAUUCCGACGGUGCCGGAGUCAUGAACGUCAACAACUUUCAUCGGUUCUUAAUUGAAGUUCAGAAGGAGAAAAAUGUAACCUUAGACGACGCUCAGGCGAUAAUCAAUAAGCACGGCGACCCUAAGCACACAGGCCUCCAGCUCGAUGCUUUCUUCAAGUAUCUCUUUUCUGAUAUUAAUCCUCCUCUCGAUCCUAAACUCGGGAUUCACCAUGAUAUGACUGCACCUUUGUCUCAUUACUACAUAUACACAGGCCAUAAUUCUUAUCUAACUGGGAAUCAACUGAGUAGUGAUUGCAGUGAUGUUCCCAUAAUACAAGCUCUGCAGAGAGGUGUCAGAGUAAUUGAAUUGGAUAUUUGGCCAAAUUCAGAUGAAGAUGAUGUAGAGGUUCUACAUGGAAGGACACUGACCACUCCAGUGGCACUCAUCAAAUGCUUGAGGUCUAUUAAGGAGCAUGCCUUUUCUGCUUCUGAGUAUCCUGUUGUAAUAACACUUGAAGAUCAUCUAACUCCAGAUCUUCAGGCAAAAGUAGCUGAGAUGAUCACUCAAACAUUUGGAGACAUGCUGUUUUCUCCUUCAGAGUGUUUGAAGGAGCUUCCUUCUCCAGAAUCACUGAAAAAACGUAUUAUGAUAUCAACUAAGCCGCCGAAAGAAUACUUACAAGCCAAGGAAGUUAAGGAAAAAGAUGCCUCAAAGAAAGGAGCGGAGGAUGAUUCUGAUGAAGGAGAAGAUGAUGAAGAUGAUGAAGGAGAUCCAAAGUCAGAGAAGAAUGCAGCUUCAGAAUACAAGCGUUUAAUUGCCAUUCAUGCUGGAAAGGGAAAAGGAGGACUAUCUGAUUGGCUGAGGGUUGACCCCAACAACGUAAGACGGCUUAGUCUCAGUGAACCAGCACUUGAAAAGGCUGUAGAUACUCAUAGCAAAGAGAUUAUCAGGUUCACGCAGCAAAAUUUGCUGAGAGUAUACCCAAAGGGAAUACGUGUUGACUCGUCCAAUUAUGAUCCUUUUGUUGGGUGGAUGCAUGGAGCUCAAAUGGUAGCAUUUAAUAUGCAGGGUUACGGAAGAUCACUUUGGUUGAUGCAUGGUAUGUUCAGGGCUAAUGGUGGCUGUGGAUAUGUUAAGAAACCUGAUUUACUGUUGACAGCUGGUCCCAACAAUGAGGUCUUCGAUCCUACAAAAAAAUUGCCUGUCAAAACUACACUUAAGGUGACUGUAUAUAUGGGUGAUGGGUGGGACAAGGACUUUGAUCAGACACACUUUGAUACGUACUCACCUCCAGAUUUCUAUGCAAAGGUAGGAAUUGCUGGAGUUCCUGCUGAUGCCAUAAAGAAGAAAACAAAGACAAUGGACGACAAUUGGAUACCAACGUGGGAUGAACAGUUUGAAUUUCCACUAACAGUACCUGAAUUGGCUCUACUUCGCAUUAAAGUUCUUGAUUAUAAUAGGUCCGACAAGGAUGAGUUCGCUGGCCAAACAUGUCUACCUGUGCCAGAGCUGCGACAAGGUAUCCGAGCAGUCCCACUCUUCGAUCGGAAGGGAGAGAAGUACAGUUCUGUGAAGCUUUUCAUGCGUUUCGAAUUUAUUUAACUUUGAACCAUUGUAGUUCUUGACAUGGGAGCUUCGCAAGUUUCUUCUCUGUGAUGUAUGGCAAAUUCUGUAAAACUAUAUGCACCCAUAUUCAAUAGUAAUAUAUUUAUUUAUCUACAAUAAGACACACAUAAAUAAAGAAUUUCGAGUUAUGGUUGAGAAAUAUUUUGCCUUUAA